UUCACUUGUUAACCCGCACAUCCAACUCAUAAGGAUUUAUAUUAUAUUUUCUUGACUACCCACUUUAUUGGUUAUUAUGGAAUCCAUGUCAGUGAAUAAAUGGAUGGAAAACCAUUCUACUUCUGCACCACUUAUCUGUGAUACAAUUACAAUGAUCAAGAGAGAAGCUUAGUUGUGGGGUUUAGGGGGAAAUCAGCUUUAAUUAGAAGUAAAAGAGGUUUUUUAUGGACUGGAACCUAAAAGCACCACUGAAAGCACCAUCUUCUUUGGAUUUGAGUGAACUUGAGCAACAAGCCUUUCCCAGCUUAGACACAGUUAGUGGGUCUGGUAGCUUUGGAGAUCAACAUAAGGUCAUCAAAGGGGACUUUUCUGUUGAUCUGAAGCUUGGCCAGUUGGGUGGUUCUGGUAAUAAUCACCUAGCGGACAUGUUGAAGCAACAUGGAGGCCCUAAACCUUCAUCGCCAUCGCCUUCCGGCGCUUCAAAGAGGUCAAGGGCAGCUUAUAAUGCAUCCCAGACAGUUUCUUGCCUUGUUGAUGGGUGUAGGUCAGACCUUAGUACUUGUAGGGAUUACCAUAGGCGCCAUAAGGUCUGUGAGCUCCAUUCUAAGACUCCAAUGGUCACAAUAAAUGGCCAGAAGCAACGAUUCUGCCAGCAAUGCAGCAGGUUCCAUGCACUGGAGGAAUUUGACGAAGGAAAGAGAAGCUGCCGGAAACGUCUUGAUGGACACAACCGAAGGAGAAGGAAGCCUCAACCUGAACCCUUGUCGCGUUCAGGAAGCUUCUUGUCCAACUACCAAGGUACUCAAUUGUUGCCAUUCUCUAGCUCACUUGUAUAUCCCUCCACCACUGUUGUGAACCCAACAUGGGCUGGAGUUGUAAAAUCUGAAGCAGAUACCGGGCUUCAUAACCAGCAUUUACAACACCAGAACAUGUUUCUCGGGUCCUCAACCAGCAGUAGCAGCUACAACAACGGAGUGGGGAACAAGCAGCAAUUUGCACUAUUCCAAAGUAGCAACAACAACCAACCUCAUGGAGUUUCAGUCUGCCAGCCCAUUCUGAAUACCGUUUCAAUGUCAGAUAGUGCUUCUUCUGUAGCUGCUGCGUCUGUAAAGAGCAAAAUGUGUCGUGACAGAUUAACAACUCGAAUCCGCCCCGAUUCGGAUUGUGCUCUCUCUCUUCUGUCAUCACCGCAGACGCAGCACCAGACCUCUGACUUGGGAUUGAGACACAUGAUGGAGCAGCCUGGUUUGAUAUCUCUCAUGCACCACCACCGCCUUGGCCUUCACGGGAACAACAUUAAUAGCAACAAUAUAGAGCCAAUGGAUUCAGUUCUGGUUUCCCGUGGAUCAAGUGAUGAUGCACAUAAUGUUCAUCAUUCCUCAGGAAUGUUCAACAUGGGAUCUGGUGAGUCACAGGGAAAUCAUCAUCAUCAUCAUCAUCAAAGCUCUCAAACACUUCCCUUUCAUUGGCAGUAGUACACUAGUACAAGAAAGAUUCAUUGGUUCAUGUAGAUUAUGUUGCAGAAUGUUCUUGGAACCUCCUGUAUGAUUUUGGAGGCCUUUCAAUUCUUAAUUUCAUUAGUUCCUGGAAUCAUUUUUACAUACACUAGCAUUCCGAAUUCAGAUACUUCCUCUUGCUAUUUGGCACCUCGUGAAUCAUUGAUUGGGAAAACAUU